AUGGAUUCAACUCUCUAAAAGCCUCCUACCUAAUUCAACAAAUCAGAUAUUUCUUCUUUAGCUAAUAUCGAUAGCGUUGUUUGCACUCAUCACGACAUCAACUUGACCAUUGAGUUCGAUAAUAAGAGACUCUCUGGUUCUAUUACUUACCAUCUUAAAGUCUUACAAAACACCUCCGAAGUUGACUUGGACAUUAGAAACAUCCAUGUUUCCCGUGCUGUUUUAGACAAUACCGAAUUAUCAUUCAAGGUAGUCUAAUAUGAAAAGAUCACUCACACUUUAGGUGAUUAAUUGAAAAUCCAACUUACUACUCCUCUUGAAGCUGGAAAAACCGCUCAACUUACUGUUGAAUUCUACACUCUUGAGUCUAAGGAAUCUGCUUUAAAUUGGCUUUUGCCCUCUUAAACUUAAGGUAAAUAGCAUCCCUAUUUGUUCACAUAAUGCGAACCCAUUUGGAAUAGAACAAUCUUCCCUUGUUAAGAUACUCCUGCUAUUAAAUCUACUUUUACUGCCCACCUCACAGUACCUAAAGCUUUCAAAGCUUACGCCUCUGGUAGAUUAGUUGGUUAAAAAGAAACCUCAGAAACUAAUGUCAUGACUUUCUAAUAAGAUAUCCCUAUCCCUUCUUAUCUUUUCGCCGUAGUAGCUGGUAACUUGGUAGAAAAAAAGAUUUCUGAUAGAACAAGUGUUAUUGCUGAACCUGAAGUUAUUGACAAGUGUGUAAAAGAAUUAGAAGACAUGGAAGUUUAAUUAAAGGCUUUAGAAGAUUUCAUCACUCCUUAUGACUGGAAGGAAUACAAGGUUGUAGUUUUGCCUCCUUCUUUCCCCUAUGGUGGUAUGGAAAAUCCCCUCUUGACAUUUGCUUCUCCUUCUAUCAUUGUAGGAGAUAAGUCUAGCACUGAUGUUAUCAUUCACGAAAUGGCUCACUCUUGGAGUGGUAACCUUUUCUCAUGCAAGAACUGGAACUCUUUCUGGCUUAACGAAGGUUGGACUGUUUACUUCGAAUGUGAAAUAGUAAGAAGAUUGCAUGGCGAAGAAGCUUACAAGACUAAAUUCACUUUGUUGAACAAUGAUCUUACUAACUGCAUUGAUGGAAUCGGUUUGGAUCACUCUUACACUACUUUGAAUCCUUAAAUUGGAUAUGAUAAUCCUGAUGAUGCUUUCAGCACUGUUCCUUACGUCAGAGGUGCACAAUUAUUAACUCAUAUUCAAGAUGUAGUCGGCAAUGAAGCCUUCUAAAAAUUCACUAAGUCUUUUGUCAACACUUACAAGUAGAACUUAAUUAAAAAUUUUAUUAAAAGAAAUCUUAUUUAUUUAUUAAUAAAAAUUAGGUUUAAGAGCUUAGAUACCGCUGAAUUCUUAUAAUUCUUUAAAGAUCAUUUUGGCAAUGAAAUUUAUGAGAAGAUUGACUGGGAAUCUUGGAUCAACAAGGUUGGAUAUCCCCCUCACCCUUUCAAUUUGAAGAGCGAAUCAGUCAGCAAAACCAAGUAAGCUGCCUAAGAAUUCUUAGACAACAACACUGUUUGCAAGAAGACCUGGGAUUCUUUCACAGUUGAAUAAAAGAUUAUCUUCUUGUAAGAAAUCAACAAUAAGGAUAAGCUCACUUUAGAAAAAGUUUAAUUAUUGGAAAAGACAUUAGAACUCAACACAGUUUUGAACCCUGAAAUUUACACUAAGUGGUUCGUUGCUGCUCUUUCUGUUAAGUAUGCUCCAGUUGUUCCUCUAGUCCAAAAGCAUUUAAGCUAACAUGGUAGAAUGAAAUUCGUAAGAGGUAUUUACAAAUCUCUCUACCAAUAUGAUCCUAAAAUAGCAGUUGAUACUUUCCUUGCUAACCAAUCUCUUUACUACGGUAUUACUUAUACUCUCACUAAGGCUGAUCUUAAAAUCUGA